UAACCACUCUCAUCGAAACCUCACUCUUCUUUUCGAAGAUCCUGAUCCUUUUCGCAUAUGUUUGCUCGAUCGUGAGAUGCGAUUCCUUAAAGUUCAGAACGAUCCUUUCAUCGAUUCUAUGUGCUUUGUUUGGACCAUCGAUUCCUGCAAUGGCUUGAUCUGUCUUGGACUCGAUCGAAUUACAUCGUUUUCUACACAUCUUACUGCAUAUGAGAACAAGCUUUCUGUGCUUUCUGCCUCUUUGAGUGGAGACUCCAAAUCGUGUUUGGUUCAUUUGGGGGUGAUGGAGGAGGGGGGUGGCACAGAUAGGGAGAGAUGGAGUUGGACCAAGAAAUAUACCACCAACCCCUUAUCUAGGCAUGGGUUUAAUGCCAAAGACUAUCUGGAAGAAUGAAAUUGUAUGCAAUGUUGUGGCGCUCCGUCAAGUUGAAGAUGGAGCAGAGUAUUAUGUAGAUGAACGGAAAAUUUCUAUGUUCAAUCUCACAACUAAUGAAGUUAGGACGCUUGAUAUCAGUAAAUUUUCCCUUGGUUCUCGUAUUUUCAAGCAUACUGAAAGCCUUGUACCAGUUGGCAACAUCCACAUUGAAUAGCUUUGGUCCAAAAUCUUGAUUAUUAUGUAGUUACUUUGUUUAAGAACUUUGGAGGAAAUGAACCUAUAAGAGUUUAGUUCAUUCUAUAACCAUAAGGCUUCAUGUCCUUCGGUGAUUUUAUCAAGAAUGAUGAAUGCGGAUAUGCAAUAAUAGAUGUUUAUAGCUUUAUUUGACUUGUC